AGAAUCCGGGAGGAUCCCUCGCGAGAGAAAGACUUUCCUUUUUGGAUAGAACGGUCCCCAUUGGUUUCGCCUCGAACGAUUCGUUUACCAUCGAUUCUCCUAAUGAGAGAGAAGCUGCUCCAGAGAUCCAGCAUGAAGACCAUGAAGGAGAACCUCUUCCGGUGGUGUUGCGUCAGACGAGCAAUGAGUAAGAACUUGGACAUGCAAAUGCUGCGCGAGAAGGCGAUAGAGUUGAAGAAGACUCUUGGAUUGAGCGAUUUCAAGUGUUCCACCAAGUGGAUCAGGAAUUUCCUGAAGGAGCACAAGAUCUCCACGGACUCGACGAACCAGCGCGACCCGGUGUUCAGCGACUACCGCGAUUGGAUCGAUAUGAUGAGGUCCACGAUAGUGAGGUACAAGCACAGCGACUUGUUCCACGUGGAUGAACUCGGCAUGUAUUCGGACGUCGUUCCGUCGAGGAUUUCCUCGGCGAGCCGGCCCGAGGGCGACGGAAGCCCCCGGAAUCGAGUAACGAUACUGAUGGGCUGCAACUCGUCGGGGACGACGAAACUGCCGCUGUUGAUCUGCGGCCCGUAUCCGUCGCGGACGACGACCAGGGAUCACGUUUACUGCCGCAGCGAGGACAGUUCCAUCAGCGACGAGCUGUUCAGGGUCUGGCUGACGGCCGUCAACGACCGUCUGUCGCGUUCCGAUCGAAGUGUCCUGCUAUUCCUGCGACGGAGCAGGGCGAGGGCUGUCCGCGAUCUCCGCUUGAGCCACGUGAAUCUCGUAUACUUGCCCGGCGACUUCCCGACGACGCUGCGGCCGUUGCGGAGGGACGUCUUCCAUUAUGUGAAGAUGAUCUUCAGGAGAAGGUACGCAGAGAGGCUAAAACGGCGCACGCCGGAAUGGAACCUGCGCGACAUCCUGGAGUCGCUGAUCGACGCGUGGGAAACGGUGCCGCGUGAGAUCGUGGUCUGCAGCUUCCAGAGGACGCGCUUCCGGACGGACGACCGGUUCCUCCAAAUCGACUGCGACUGCUGGGACAGCCUGCAGACCGGCGUCUCCUUCAAACGGUUCGUCACGUUCGACGACGAUCUCUCCGACGAGCCUGCGUCGUCCCGUUACCACAGUUACAACCUCAGAACGAGUCACAGCGCUGUCGUUCAAAUCAACGAGGAAGAACCAUCAUCCAUAAACUCUAAAAAUCUCACACCGAGUGGCGAUCAGAAUCUUGAUGAUGACGAUCAAGCUAAACAACAGAUUCGCUUAUCGGAGGAUCCUAUAGUGGAAGCUGGGAAGCUGGGCAGGAGCUUCUGGGAAGCACAGUUCCCCGGGAAGAGAGGCGUCACGAGAAGCGAGGCGUUCAAGCGGAACAUUCUCCGCGAGGAGUCCACCGGCGUCGCCGGCUCCGUCCAGGCGAUCAUCGACGAGGCUCUGUCUCUGACCACCACCGCGAAGGCGGAUUACACCAGGAAGCUGAUCGACAGCAUCUACGCGUCGAAGGAGCCCAAGAGCAGCGGAAUCUUAGAGCCGAACGACGUCACUUCGACGGCCACGCGCGAGUCGAGUCGCGAGGACACGUUGUCGGAGAACGCGCCGGCUGUCUCGGAGAGCAUCGAGGAAGCCUGCACGUCCCGAGGAGCUCCUGAUGGCACGUCCGACGCGAGACAGGGGAUGUCGGAUGGGAAUUUAAAAUUGAUGCUUGAUGGGCAGGAUGUUUCUGGGCUGACGAACAGGAAACGAAGGAUGUCGCUCGGCUCGGGGGAUGAUACGGACAGCGAGUCGGGGAAGAAGGUGAAAACCGACUGGUCCAAGCAGUUCGAGAAUACGUUCGUGUUCGGUCCUCCAGGGUCGGAACAGGAUCAGAGCAUUGUCUCGAGCAAGGCGCUCUGUGUGUCUCCUAGAAAUUAGGACAAUUGAUAAUGUGUGUUCUUGAUGUUAACUCGCGUUUUGUUCUGCCGCUUGUUAACGCUGGAACUACUGGAUGGAUGUAGCUUGUGUUUGAUACUAGAACUACCAAUUCCUGAUUUCUUUUGUUGCAAUUAUUGAGAAGGUGUAGAUGCUUCUGUGGGAAGUUGAAGUUGAUUUAGUGAUACACUGAAAUAUAAGGUAAUUCAGAAAUCAAGGAAUUUGGAAGUUGGUAGUCCUAGUGUUAGUUUCGUUUUUUAUCAUUAUUAUAGGGAAAGGCAUUAUUGGAUAAGUCAAUUUUGAUAUGUCUAUAUUAAAAUUUGAGAGUGGGAGUCAUGAGAAAUCCUUGGGAUUUUUGAGAAUAGAGAUUUUGCUGGUAGUUCAAGUGUUAGAGAUAAAUUGGUUGGAAAGAUCAUUGAUUUUGCUGGUAGUUCUAGUGUUAGAGAUAAAUUGGUUGGAAAGAUUGAUUUCCUCAGGGAAGAGUGUGUAUGUUCAUAAAGAUUUUUUAGUAUAGACUGACUUGACUUCCAUAAUUGUGAUUCAUUUGUUUGUUUCCCUUCUGAAAUAU